UCUUUUACUUCAACCUUCCUUUGAUCUAUCUACCCGAACGGCAGUGUUCUGUAGGGGAUACAUUUACUUGUCCAUCUCCCACACUAGUUGGAGUUAUCUACACUCAGGUCACAAUGGACUCUCUCACGACUCAUCCGGCGACUGCGCAACAGGCUCGGGCCUUCACCUCCCCCUCAUCGCUGUCCUUCCCCGGCGGUACGGGCGACCUGACUCCGCCUUCGGAUAAGGAGGGUCUGGUUCUCGGGUCGCAGGGUGUGACCGGAAAUGUGAACGGCCAGCAGCAGGGAGGAAAUGCCGCUAACGGCAAUGGGGUGACGCCCGCGACUCCAGCUGCGACUCCUGGUGCCAACGCGCCAGGGAGCGGCAUUGUGCCUACUUUGCAGUGAGUAUACUCUACUGUUUCUCUAUCUGGUUCACCAGAAUACUGAACAAUGAUGUCUUUUUUCUUUUUUUUUUUUUUUCAAGAAACAUUGUCGCAA